AUGACAACCCAUCUCCCCAUUCCCUUCCUAAUCCUCCUCCUUCCCACGCUCCUCUCUGCUCCAUUUCCAGUACUCUCCGUCGAGACAGUGCCCCCCAAGUCCUACAUCGAGAAACAAUGCGACGCCACUCGCUAUCCAACCCUUUGCGUCCAGUGCCUGUCGACCUUUGCAAACUCAACAGCUCAUCAGACCCCUGAGCACCUGGCACGGAUCGCUCUAUCCGUGAGCCUCUACAGGGCGAGGUUCACGAGAUCCUUCCUCGUCAAAGUGGCGCAGGAGCUCAAGUCGCUGAGACCCAGCAGGGAGCAUCUGGUGGUGCAGGACUGCCUGGAGCAGUUAGCCGAUGGGGUGAAUCAGCUCAGCAGGUCCAUCUUGGAGCUCCGUGGCUUGUGGAGAGGGAGAGGGGAAGCGUAUUGGCACGUCAGGAACAUCGAGAGCUGGAUCAGCGCUGCCCAGACGGACGCGUAUACGUGCUUGGAUGAGUUUCGUGGGAAGAAGAUGAGCAAGCUAAGGGCGACGAUUAAGGCGAAGGUUAUGAAUGUGGCCGAGACUGCUAGUAAUGCCUUGGCGCUGUUUCAGCGCUUCGUUGCGGCUAGGUAUGGAGCUGGCCUCGUCUUCAACCGCCAUCCUUAG